CGGUCAACUGGUCAAUAUGGAAUCCCAUUCUCAUGUUAUAAAGUUGCCGAUAAAAUCGUUGGAGCUCUCAAAGGCAGCUCGGUCCAGAUGUGUCCGCAUUGCUGAGCGGGGAGUGGGCGAGCCCGCUCAAGGCUGGAAAAGACUCGGAAUGCGGGACCUGUUCGGUGGAGUGGACUCCUGCCCCUUCCGAGAUAUUUAAACGAAUUCUUAAAUCAUUCACGUUCGUUUUUAAAACGUGUCUCUUUGCCGGGGGCUAGUUUUAAAAGCGGAGCGAACGGUUUUCAAACUAAAUCCGAAGCAGAACCCGAGGCUACUUCAGAUGCGAGACCGUUUCCCUGCGCGCCCGGCACUGUUACUGAUUAAUAUGUGUUGAGCAAUUUCCUGUUUGACGGACUGGGACGGCGACUCAGCAACGGCUCGAAGGACCAUCUUUAAGCGAACACCCAGUAAUUUCCGACUUGAAGCCGAGGAUGAGCGUUAAAUUCGGACCCCAAGGGAUUCACGUUGAUCAGUCUGAGCUGCUGUGUAAAGAUGGCUGUGGUUACUAUGGCAACCCAGCCUGGCAGGGUUACUGCUCCAAGUGCUGGAGGGAGUGGAAUCGUCUGCAGCAGAGUGCACAGCUGGAUAAAGGGAUGAGCAAUGAAGGACCCGCAAGCUCACUGGUUGCAGGCGCCACCAGCUUGCUGUUCAACUUCUCAAAGUUCGAGAAAAAGAGGAGCAAUGAGAAGGGUCGUCGAGUCAGCACGGUGAAGAAACUGUUCGGCUCCAAGCUGACGCCCAGGCAAGAGAUCCCACAGUUUCCCAUGGUCAGCUCGCCAACUUCCACACCGGUGCAGUCUGGGGAUUUCACAGACUUCCUCAAAUCACUGCGGAAGCCCAACAUUCAGAUGGUCCAGAAACGCUGUGUCCAGUUUAUAGAGCAUCUUCAAGCGAGGCAGAAUUUGAAUGUAGAGGCGCAGUCCGAACUCGCGCAAGACUUUUACCAGAAUGUUGCUGUACACUUUAAUGGUUUCCCGCCUGAACAGAAGGACAGGAUGAUGGAUAAUGUUGAGAAAUUCAUCAUGACACAGCUGUACAAGACCGUGUUCUGUCCCGAUAGCUCAGAGGAUGAGCAGAAGGAUUUAGCAAUACAGCAGCGUAUACGGGCUCUUCACUGGGUGACCCCUGAGAUGCUUCGCGUUCCCCUUGAUGAGGACAAGCCGGAGGUCACAGAGCAUCUUGUGUCUGCCAUCACAGCGAUUGUUAAGCUGGAUUCCAAGAGAGCUCCUCAGGACAAGCUGGCCUGCAUCUCAAAAUGCAGCUGGCACAUUUUCUGUGCAAUCCAGAUCUCCAUUGAGAAGCCAGCAGCCGCAGAUGACUUCCUCUCCACUUUGAUUCACCUGGUGUUGAAGGUGAAUCCUCCCCGGCUGCACUCCAACAUCCAGUACAUUAUCCGCUUCUGUCACCCCAAGCGGCUGAUGACCGGUGAGGCAGGUUACUACUUCACCAACCUGUGCUGCGCUGUCACCUUUAUCGAGAAGUUGAAUGGACCGUCUCUCAAUAUCACCCACGAGGAAUUUGAACAGUAUAUGCAAGGUCACAGAUUGUCAGCUAGAAAGAUUCCGAGCUGCCCUCUCCUGCAGAGUGCCGACUCGGAGAUCCAGCAGAUGCACAGAAAUCUACAGAUGCUGCUCUCUCAACUCUGGGAGAGGCAAGACCGUAUCAUCAGCGAGGUGAAGAAACUGGAGCAGGACGUCCUGGAAUGGAAACGCUCCGUUAAGGAGGAAGUCGAGGAAAGCAUUGGAAAAUUUGCACUCCGUAACACUUCGAAUGAGGAAUGAGGUACUACUUGGGACCGUGCAGAAAAGGCCUGUGUAACUGUGACCAUUCCACUAUUUAUACAGAAUCAGACUUUGCACAGUAAUUAUUAUUAGAUUGCACAAAAGAAAAUUAAUUUUUAUAGACUUGAAUGCAAAAUAAAAUAGCUCAAUAUUUCAUUAUAUUUAUCUUCCCUUUUAAUACUUUAGCACUUGUAUAUGAACUUUAAUUGACCAGUGUACGUCAGUAACAUUAAUGUAAAGGCACAAGGGUGAGUAAGUUCCGCUGGAUUCCUACUGCGUCCAGUGAGACCAUCAUGUGGUACUGAAGGGCUUUCUGGUCCGUGAGUUUUGUAUUGGAGAAAUAUAAUCCAUAUGCAGUCAAAGAGCCCAAAGCAAGAGAAUAAAAGCUUUUUAAAAAUGAUGGGCAGGAAACUGAUCUUGGAGUAGGUUAAAAAGUCAGCACUAUAUCGCAGGCUGAAGGGCCUGUAUUCUCCAAAUUACAAAACUGAUAGAUGAAAAUGAAGGAUUUUGUUUAAACGUCCCGAUCAGGGAUACAUCUCACGUUUGCUUCUAGUUAGCUAACUUAAGCAUCAGAGAGCACAUGUCCUUUCAAAUGCAUGUUCAUGUCCUGUAUUUCAACUCCCAGCCCUGUACAGCCAAAUGGAGAAGGAUUUGUAAUUAAAGAGCUGGAAAAAGGAGUGGACUGUCACUUGGAGAGAUUGUGGCCAGUCGCUCACCUCAGUACCACUCUUCUCCAUUAACCCCAUACCCCCAGCUAUCAUAAAAAUCUAUUGGUCCACCUUGAACGUAGAUGACAGCUAAGCCUCCACAGCCCUUGGAAAGAGAAACCCAAGAUUCACCUCCUCCUGGGUGAAGAGAUCCUGAAUGGAUAACUCUUGCUCUGAGAUUCUCUCCGCUGUCUUAAGUACCUCGGCCAGAGUGGUCUGUAUCCACUCUGUGAUGCACAAAAAAAUUGUACAUUUUGAUAAAUUCAUUCUUUGAAAUUUGUAUGCACCCAAUUCAGCUUAAUUCUCUCAAGACAGACUUAUUGCCCAAGGAUUUAGUCUUGUGAACCUUUUGCUGCACUUCUGUGAUUGAAAAUGUAUCAUCCUCUAUUUUCAUAUAUUCCCACAGCACAGGGAGGCCAUUUGGCCCAUUGAAUCUGUGCCAGCUCUUGGUUUGCACUUAUUAGUUUCCUUUUCCACCAGCAGCACCUAAUUCCUUGAUACCUAUUUUCUGUCAUGUACACAUCAACUCUUCCCAGUUCAGCACAGUUAACCUAUCAGCACAUCUUCAGGACGAGGAAGAUCUCAGAGCACUAGGACCAGUGGAGGAGUAAACCCCAACAGUCGAAGGGGUAACGUGCAAACUCCACACUGCAUCUCAGGUCAGGAAUGAAAACCAGGGCUCAGUAAGCUCUGAGAGAGCUCAGUACUUUUAGUGAGACCAGACCGAUUUAACUCUCUUCAAAUAUGGUCCUGACAGUGAGUUGUAUAACAUGGAGCAACAUGUUUCUACUCUUGUACUCAAGAUGACAGUGAAAGCCAAACAUCUGCCAUCAGGAUUGAGACUGUACCUGGAUGUCAACUUUCAGUAAAUUGUGUACAGAGUGUCCCACUGAACACCAACAUUUUCACUCUUUCACAAUUGAAAGCGUUUCUAUUUUUUUGAUCGUUUAAUUUGUGGGGAAUUGUUCUGGAGUCUGUGGCAUUUUGGAAGAUAAUAACCAAUAUUGCCAUAAGCACUGUGUUUAAUAUUCCAGUGUGCAUGUCACCAUAAAUUGGAGAAUUUUCACCCUUCAGUCCCAUUAGUUCAAAAAAUAGUCUUCAAUACCAAUCAUUUGGAGUAACUUGAGCCCUGGUUUAAGACCAUAAGACAUAGGAGCAGUAUUAGGGCUUUCAGACCACCAUGGCUGAUAUAUUAUCCCUCACCCUGUUCUCCCCGUAACCUUUGACGCCCUGAUUAGGCAAUCUGUCAACCUUCUAAAAUAUACCCAAUAACUUGGCCUGCACAGUCAUCUGUGGCAAUGAAUCCCAGAGAUUCACCACCUUCUAGUUAAAAGAAAUAUUUAACCUCUGUUCUGAAUGGAUGCCCGUCUAAUUUGAGGCAGUGCCCUCUGGUCCUAGACUCCAUCACUGUAGGAAAUUUCCUCUCCACAUCUUUCAAUAUUUAAUAGGUUUCAAUAAGAUUCCCCCCAUUCUUCUAAACUCCAGCAAGUACAGGCCCAGAGCUAUCUAAUGCUUCUCAUAUUAACCCUUUCAUUCCUGGGAUCUUUCUCAUGAGCCUCCUCUGGAUCCUCUCCAGUGGCAGCAGAUCUUAGCCCAAAGAUUUCUCAACUGUACAUGAGUGGCAAAUGGGGGUAUUAAUUUUUCACUCUUCUGUCAACCGAGAAAGAAUAAUUGAACAUGCAUAGUUCUUAAAAUGUGUUUGACGUAACCUUGGGAAUGAAAAUAGAACUGUGGAGUGUUAUAAUUUGGAUAGAUUUAACCCCGAUAAAGCAGCACACAAUGCAGGAGUAAGAGGAAAGAUUGAUUUUGGGGGAUUUGUAAUUAAGCAAAAGUGGGGCUGACUGUGAUCAUGUCAGAGCAGUAAAGAAGAAAGUAGGAAAACCCAGAGUUGGUUUAGAAAUACAUUAACAAGGACAGGGCUUUCUUAGAGAUCAGUGUAUGUCUUUUGAUAUGAAAACUAUAUACACUUUAACUGUAGAUGUUGUUUAUGUAAUUUUGGAAUUUCAAUGCUGGUUGGGGUAGUUAUUGCCAGAUUCAGGAUAUAAAAGUUUAAAAAACAGGACACAGCAGGGCCCCUGAUCCCUCCCCAGUUCUCUGCAGUUAACUGAUGUACUGCUGGGAAAACUUGUAUCAUUGUAUAAAAAAACAGAUAAUCCUUGAUUUUUUUUUGUAAAUGAUUUGAUAACCAGCAAUUUAUCCACUACCAAAAUGUGCAUUAGUAGGCUGACCAUUUGUUACCCAUUCUGUAUUGUCCCCGCAUGAGCAAGCUGCUUUUCUUGAACUGUUGUGAUCAAUACUUAGUUCUUUUAAAAAGUGACUGGAUAAGGUUAGAAGCUUUUGCUUUCCGGACGAUGGCAGAACAGAACAGCAGAGCCAAUAAAAUCUGCUAACAUUAAGGUCUCUCCUACAAAUUGCAUGUUGGGUGUCGAUGCUGUAGAACAGCUCAGGUUGGCCUACGGCAGUAAUUUUAAAUUUGCUGACGUUGGUCACUUCAAUUCUCCAUUUCAUUCUAACCUCUUUGGUGCCUGCCUAAAGCAGGGGUUACCAUCCUUCUUUAUGCUAUGGACUAAUACCAUUAAGAUUGAGGACAACAAUUCAUCUUCUAUUUGCGCAUAAUCCAAGUCUCUGACUCAGUUCAAAUUCAGGAAAAGAUGUUUUCCUCCUUUGUCUCCAGCUGCUGGAAUUUAAAGUAACUGUUGCCUUGAUAACUUUGGUCCCCAGCCUAUUGUAGGCCUUCUCAUCUUAAAACAUGUAUUUUCUCACUUCAAUUCUGAAGUGGAGUCAUUGGCCUGCAACACUUGACUGUUUCUCUCGCUACAGUUUAUUGCUGCAGAUAUUAAUUAACUAAGCUUCCCAACUUGGUGCUGCCCCUGUACCAAGUUCAGAUCUUGAUAUGGUAAAUCGGUUUUGAGGUACUACUGGGUAGUUAAUGUAAAAUAGUAAUAGACUGUUUAGAAUGAGAUUCUUGGCUCAUUGUUCUACCAACAUCUACGCAUGAAGGUAAUUUAGUGGCUUCUACUAUAUAAAAAUGAAGGAUAAGGCAGGGUCUGGGGCUAUCAUACUGUAUAUUGAAGAAUUUCAAAGUAUUAUUAGAAUCCAUUUAUCUACAAAACUCCAAUAAGACCUUCCCGUACAAUAUCGAAGCAGUUCCAGCAGGACCACUGGUCACAAACCAAAAUAAAAUUUCUCAUUCAGUGCCUGAGCUGGAAUUUGAAUAUAUUCUCUAGUUUUCAUCCGUCUUCAGUGAUGGAGGGUCAGACUACAGUCAAAAUUCAUUAAGAUGCUUUCAAGUUUUAUUAAUUGUCAUUCAAAUUUUCUAAACGGUCUUCUUCGAAGGUGUGAACAUUCUUUUAACAAACAUUUUAUAGACUUAUUCCUGACAACUUUGCAAAUAUUUUUGAAUUUCUACUCGAAGUUGUGUGAAUAAUCUUUAUUAAAUGCACUAUGUUUAAUCUACUUGUGCAGUAUUAUUUACAGUUUGAGUCUCGAAUCUUGCACACUUCUAUGGCAACCUGACACUAGACUGCCCCAGCUGCUGUGCUUCAUGCAUGCUAAUUUGAUAAGUGAGGCUUUGGGCCUACUCUGGCGUUCAGAUCUGAGGACUCAAUUUUGGUCUGGAAUGCCGUUGUUUCAUUCUUUGAUAAUAAAUGUACCUGAAUCCUGACUAAUACUGAAAGGUCUCAUUCAGUAGGAUAGUGAUCAAAGUACCCUGACAAAAGUUAAAAAAAAAGAUGCAGGUUCAGAACAGGUUUGACAGCGUGUAGUCAAGAACAAAACAGAGAUACUGUUUAAGAAGAAGUAAAAAAAGACCAAAGCCACUUCUGUUGUAGCUCAGCUGUUUUGGAUUCUUCCCAAACAAAAGUUGUUCACCUCAUUGUGGUUGAAAACUCUUGCUAAAUACAAAAGCCUCAACAAUGUAAUUUGCAAGUCAGUGUCUCAGCUGGGCCUAGCACCACACUCACCCUGCAUCUACAAAGGUCAGUUGCAGUGAAGAAUGU